AUGAGGGCUGUCCAAUCGCGGCACCCAGCUUACGCACUUCCAUCUCUCAGGGAAGCCAAACAUACUUCACACAUUGUUGUGGUGGGGCAGGGGGUGGGGUGCCAACAAACCAAAAUACCUAUGGGGCGAAAUGUUUUUAUUGUACACCAUUUUUCCUUUUCUGCAUUUCCCAUGGAUUUCCUUUUCACACCACACAUGGCAGUAGCGGAACGCCUUAACACAACCAUAGCAGAAUUUGCCUUUAUCAUAGGGAAGGACUCACCAUGUCACGAGGGAAACGGGGAAGGGUCAUCUUUGCGGAAUACCUUUCAAACCCAUCUUCCCCAGCGUUGA